CCCCGCCGUAGCCUGGUAACCGCCGCUCGGCGGGCGGAGGGCGGCCCCGGCAGCGCCGCGGUCAGGUGGCAGCCCGAGAGACGGAGCCCGGCUGCCGCCCGAUAAAAGUCCUGCCCCGCCGCCGCCCGCCACGGCCGCGAGGGAGCGCGGAGCCGCCGCCGAGGAGCCAUGCUCAGCGUUGGACACGCUCUAUGAGACACCCGUGCUUCAGCAGCCCACAGCGCCCGUGAGCCGGUCGGUGAUCUGGAGCAGGACAGUUUGUUACCGAGCUGACUAAGCGGAGGAAACUCUUGUUGUCCUAGCACCACCAGGCCAGACAAUCCUUCCCUUGGCCGAAGAUCCCGUUGGGUCUCUUCCCAUAAUGGAAGCGUGAGUGCCAAGAUCCUCCAUGACCUCCAGAAGCCACAACUCCUUACCGAGAACUCUGAUGGCUCCACGAAUGCUUUCCGAAGGUGCCCUCGGGGGCAUCGCCCAGAUCACCCCCUCGCUGUACCUGAGCCGGGGCAGCGUUGCCUCUAACCGGCACCUGCUCCUCUCCCGGGGAAUCACCUGCAUAAUCAAUGCGACCAUCGAGAUCCCCAAUUUUAACUGGCCCCAGUUUGAAUACGUGAAAGUGCCUUUGGCUGACAUGCCCAACGCCCCCAUCUCCCUGUACUUCGACAGCGUCGCCGACAAGAUAAACAGCGUGGCGCGGAAGCACGGGGCCACCUUAGUCCAUUGUGCCGCCGGCGUGAGCAGGUCGGCCACCCUCUGCAUCGCCUACCUGAUGAAGUACCACAAGGUGUCCCUCUUCGAGGCAUACAACUGGGUCAAAUCGAGACGCCCUGUUAUACGCCCCAACGUGGGCUUCUGGAGGCAACUGAUAGACUACGAGAGGAAGCUCUUUGGGAAGACGACGGUUAAAAUGGUACAGACACCAUAUGGCAUCAUCCCAGACGUUUAUGAGAGAGAGAGGAGACCCCUGAUGCCUUACUGGGGAAUUUAAUGUGACUGCAGACAGGAAGCAUAACAGAAGGGACGCGCUGUUCUGAGUCGACCAGAUUGGAGACAUUCCCUUCUCCUUCUACAGCCAACUUUGGUUCUUUACCACUCAGCAGAACCUCAACUAAUUCUCACCUCACUAACCUGCAAGGCCAACGAUUCCCUUCAAAGCAUUUCUCUCUACAGGGAUUCCCCAACCCGCAUUUCUCUGAUUUAGCAGAAUGAGGUCUCCUUAUAAGUUUAUUCCUUUCAUAAAGCCUCCCUCCCUUUUUUAGUCAGUUUAUUAGUAUCCUACGAGGAAAGGCCUAAAAGGCAUUUGGCAGAGUUAAUGAACAAAGUGCGCUUUGUGAUGCGGUAGCCUGGAUAUUUCGUUAAUAGCUUGUUUGCUUCCUUGCAAAAUCCCGUAGUGGCUAGGGAGCGGCACUAGCACGGAACGAGCGAGGUCCCACUCUACGGCAGCGGGUUUUUCCGAGAGCCAGGAAGGCAGGCGUGCGGGGAGGGGUGCUAGUGCUGGUGUUUUCUUUAACAUCUGUAGUGACUCUCAGUAUAUAGUGUUUGAGAUCUUUAGUCAGCUCUUAAUCUGUAUUAAAAGUUUUUAAAAAAAAAAAAAAA